CCUUGCACCGAGUCUGCCCAACAAGAAGGACAUGUGCUGACCUCACAUUGUUGAGAUGGCAGCUACCGGCACCCCUGAGCCUGGGGACCUGAUCGAGGUCUUCCGACCAGCUUACCAGCACUGGGCCCUCUACCUGGGGGAUGGGUAUGUCAUCAACGUGACACCCGUAGAUGAAGGGCCCCCAGCCAGGUUUGCCAGCGCCAAGUCGGUGUUCAGCGGAAAGGCCCGGGUGAGGAUGCAGCUCCUGAAGGACGUGGUGGGAAAUGACACCUACUGUGUUAACAACAAACACGACAACACCUACCGUCCCCUGCCGGUGGAGGAGAUCAUCCGUCGUGCCGAGAGCUUCAUCGACCAGGAGGUGUCCUACGAUCUGCUCGGCAGCAACUGUGAGCACUUCGUGACCUUGCUCCGCUAUGGCCAGGCGGUCUCUGACCAGGCCAACAAAGCAAUCACUGCCAUUGGGUUUGUGACAGUUGCCGCUGGUGCCUUCUCCUUGCUGGGCUUCCUCCGCAGCAGAUCCAGAGAGAGACAGUACUGACAGCCCACCAGGAUCAGCUCAGAGCAGGGCAGGAGGGACCUGGACAGGUUGUGACCACAGCUGCCACCGAGGCUUACUAACAACUGUCACCCUUGCUGAGAGCAGCACUAGCCUGUUGACGACAUCUGCUUUUGUUUUGCUGCCUGUGAUGAUUUGUGUGGUAGGCUGGGAGCACUUGCAAGCAAGUUCUCUAUCCUUACACCCCACCCCUGCUCUGCUGAGGGUUGGUACAGGCUUUCUACACACAUCCUGGUUUUAGCAGCUACACCCUGUGGGCUCUUUCAGUGAAUAACCUAUUUUGAUUUUUUUUUUGUAAUUCAAAAUUUAUAGGAAAAUAUUGCUGAGGGUUUAUCCCAUUUGCUCCAGCUGAGGCUCUGUACAAAUGGAAGACCCCCAGUUCCCAGGCAUGCAGAAGGGUGGAUAAGGCAAAUGGUGCCUGAACGGAGCUCCUCCUGUGAGAGCAGGAGAUAGGAAGGAAGGGCAGGUCUUAUUGGCUGUGUCCCUCAUCGUUUCAAAUGAUGCUGUUUUAAAUUAUACUUUUUGCUUAGUGGUGUUUUGCUCAGUAUUCUCCUGCCUGGAAAGCAUCCCUUUCCCUGGCUUCCCUGGCUCCUUUUGCCUGGGAAACAUCUGACAAAACCUCCCAGCUAGCUUUUUCUCUAGCUGCUGUUUGUUCCAGACGGAAGCCACUGAAAUUUCCCUCUUCAUGUCUUUUAAGUGUGGUAGCUGAACAAGCUUACUAGAUCACAGAAUCAUUCGGGUUAGAAAAGACCCCUGGGAUCACCAAGUCCAACCACUGACCCUGCUCUACAAAGUUCACCCCUAAACCAUAUCUCCAAGCACCACAUCUAAACGACCUUUAAACAAGUCCAGGGUUGGUGUCUCAACCACCUGCCUGGGCAGCCUGUUCCAAGGUCAUGCUGUGAAAAAAAAUUUCCUAAUGUCCAGACUAAACCUCCUCUGUUGCAGCUUGAGGCCACUCUCUCUUCUUCUAUCGCUAAUUACCUGUGAGAGAAGACCAGCACCAACCUCUCCACAAUGUCCUUUCAGGUAGUUGUAGAGAGCAAUGAGGUCUUCCCUUAGCCUCCUUUUCUUGAAACUAAACAGCCCCAGCUCCUUCAGUCACUCGUGAGAUUUAUUCUCCAGGUUCCCCAGCUUCACUGUCUUCUUCUGCACUCUCUUGUAUUGAGGUGCUCAAAACUGGACAUGAUACUCAAGAUGUGGCCUCACCAGGGCCAAAGAGUCCCUUCCAACAAAACUAUUUGGUGAUUGGACUUGGGCUGCUUGGGCUGCCAAAGUACUGAGGUUUAAAGAAAGACCACCAUGGAUUGCAAGGGCAGCCAGGAGCCUUUUGUCCCCUGGAGCAGUGGUCAUUGACUCUUCAGUGAUCAGAAGUUGAGUUUAAGCCAUUUGCAGCCUCGGCACAAGAUCAAUCUUCCUCCAGCCAUCAGGAAGGCAAAGCUUCAUGGUCCCUGCAUUGCUCUUGGUUACAUACCUGGAGAAUGAGCACCCAUGUUCCAGCUCCAAAUCUACACAGCUCCACUAUUGCCUUGUCAGAAAGCUGCUUUGUGGCUUGUCUUAAAAGAAAACUGGUUUGGAAAAGUGGAGGUUUAUUGACUCUUUACAAGGAGUAUCUGGCUGAAGUGUUUGGAACCAUUUAUUUGCAGACUGAGUGUAAGAAAUUAAAUCCUGUGUUGCUUUUGCCAUAAGCAGCUGCCUGCACUGUUAGAGAGCAAAAGAGGAGAGCAAAAGAGCUGUCUGUAAGAGGCUUGCUAUUUUUGUCUGCUCUUAACAUGUGCAUAACAGGAUCAGAAGCUUUUUUUAAACAUGGGUUGUCUCAAUGUCUGAAAGAACACAGCCAAGACUGCUGGUUGUAUUUUGUGGUGCCCUCAAUUACUACAUUUAAAUAAAAUUGUUGUUAUAAUUUUUUUUAAUAUGGGGAAACAUACUAAAAUAAAA